UGGUUUACACCGAGAUCAGAGCUAGAGUGCCUGGGGGGUGGGAGCAGAAGGAGAAAGGGCGUCUGAUGCCAGCUGCCAAUAUGACAGAAACCCUGCAGCUCCCGGCGCUGCGAGUCCCCGAGCAGCAGGUGCUGGAGGGCGGCUGCGCCUGGUCCAGCUCGUCCACCCCGACCCUGCGCAGGAAGCGCUUCAAGAUGAGGCGGAUGAAGAACGUGCAGGAGCAGAGCCUGGACGCCGUCAGGUACCAGGAUUCUCCUUCCUCCAGCAAGGAAUACCUGCAGCUCCCAUCCAUUGAGAUCACCCCCUCCAGUGACGAGGACACCCCCUGGUCCAACUGCUCCACUCCCAGUGCCUCCCCGCGCCGCAAGCGCUUCCUCCUUCGGAAGUGGCUGCGCGUCCGAGAGAAGAAGGAGUACAGUGAGAGCAGCAGCCAGCAGAGCAGCCAGCAGAGCAGCCAGCAGAGCAGCCACGACGAUGACUCUGCCCGGUUCCUGAGCCCCUUCAUGCGUGAGGACAGUACUGCCAGUAACUCCAACCGCAGCACGCCUGCCUGCUCCCCGAUCCUGCGCAAACGCUCCCGCUCGCCCACGCCGCAGGACGCCCCGGGGGACGCCAUGGUGGAGAAGGGCUCCGACCACUCCUCAGACAAAUCCCCGUCCACGCCGGAGCAGGGUGUCCAGCGGAGCUGCUCCUCCCAGUCAGGCCGCAGUGGGGCCAAGAACUCCAAGUCACACAAGCGCCUCUCCAAAUAUGACAGACUUAACCUGCUCAAAAAAAGCCAGAGUUGGUAUAAUCAUGAGAGACAGUACAUCCGGAGAGUGCUGAGUCCGACGUACAAACAGCGGAAUGAGGAUUUCAGGAAGCUUUUCAAGCAGCUCCCGGACACGGAGCGCCUCAUCGUAGAUUACUCAUGUGCUCUUCAACGAGACAUUCUCCUGCAGGGCCGCCUCUACCUCUCCGAGAACUGGAUCUGCUUCUACAGCAACAUCUUCCGCUGGGAGACGCUGCUGACAGUUCGCUUGAAGGACAUCUGCUCCAUGACCAAGGAAAAGACAGCACGGCUCAUUCCCAAUGCCAUCCAAGUUUGCACUGACACUGAAAAGCACUUUUUUACUUCCUUUGGGGCUCGAGACAGGACGUACAUGAUGAUGUUCAGACUCUGGCAGAAUGCUUUGCUUGACAAGCCUCUGUGUCCCAAGGAGCUCUGGCACUUUGUCCACCAGUGUUAUGGGAACGAGCUGGGCCUGACCAGUGAUGAUGAAGACUAUGUGCCUCCUGAUGAUGACUUCAACACCAUGGGCUACUGCGAAGAAAUCCCUGUGGAGGAGAAUGAAGUCAACGACAGCUCCUCCAAGAGCAGCAUGGAGGCCAAGCCAGAAGCCAGCCCUCAGCUGCCAAAGAAAUCUGUCACUGCCAGCACCCUGACCUCCACGGGCAGCAGCGAAGCCCCAGCCUCAUUUGAUGGAGUGCUCCCAGAGGAGGAGGAGGCAGUGGCAGAGAGUCCUGUGGAGAAAGACCUUGGCAUUGCCAACAUCAUGGGAGAGAAGAUCGACAUCAUUGGCCCUGUGAACUCCCCCUCCCUGGACUUCAAUGACAACGAAGACAUUCCCACGGAGCUCAGUGACUCCUCAGACACCCACGAUGAAGGGGAAGUCCAGGCCUUUUAUGAGGACCUGAACGGGCGCCAGUACGUGAACGAGGUGUUCAACUUCAGCGUGGACAAGCUCUACGACCUGCUCUUCACCGACUCCCAGUUCCAGAGGGACUUCAUGGAGCAGCGCCGCUUCUCGGAUAUUAUCUUUCACCCCUGGAAGAAGGAGGAAAAUGGCAAUCAGACCAGAGUGAUCCUGUACACCAUCACCCUCACCAACCCUCUGGCCCCCAAAACUGCCACAGUCACUGAGACCCAGACAAUGUACAAAGCCAGCCAGGAGAGCGAGUGCUAUGUCAUAGAUGCAGAGGUGCUAACUCACGACGUCCCCUACCACGAUUAUUUCUACACCAUUAACCGCUACACGUUGACUCGUGUUGCCAGAAACAAAAGCCGACUCAGGGUUUCCACAGAAUUACGCUACAGGAAACAGCCUUGGGGGCUGGUGAAAUCCUUCAUUGAGAAGAAUUUUUGGAGCGGCCUGGAAGAUUAUUUCCGUCAUUUGGAGAGCGAGCUGACCAAAACAGAGAGCACGUACCUGGCUGAGGUGCACAGACAAUCCCCCAAAGAGAAGGUGAGCAAGCAAUCCACGGUGCGCCGGCGGAAACGCGCCCACGCGCACCUGCGGGUGCCACACCUGGAGGAGGUGCUCAGCCCCGUCACCACCCCCACGGAUGAGGAGGUUGCCCAUCGAAUCAAGCACGUGGCAGGUUCCACUCAGACACGGCACAUCCCUGAGGAGAGCCCCAGUGGCUUCCACCUGCAGAGUGUCUCCAAGCUGCUCCUUGUCAUCAGCUUUGUGAUCUGUUUCAGUCUGGUGCUGCUGGUCAUUCUCAACAUGAUGCUGUUCUACAAACUCUGGAUGUUGGAAUACACCACGCAGACGCUCACGGCGUGGCAGGGCCUGAGGCUGCAGGAGAGGUUACCCCAGUCUCAGACAGAAUGGGCCCAGUUGCUGGAGUCCCAGCAGAAGUACCACGACUCAGAGCUGCAGAAAUGGCGUGAGAUCAUCAAAUCCUCGGUGAUGCUUCUGGACCAGAUGAAGGAUUCACUGAUAAAUCUCCAGAAUGGCAUCGGGUCCCGGGACUUCGGGUCAGAUCCAGAGGAGAAACGGAAACGUUUCCAUUAACAGGCAGGAAUGCAGGAGGCCAGAGGACGGUGUGCAAUAUGUGUAAAUAGGAUAUAUAAAUAUAUAUAUAUAAAUAUAUAUAUAUACAGAUAUAAAUAUAUAUAUUAUAUACAGAUUUUAAGAGAAAAAAAAAAAAAAGAAAAAAAGCCUAAAGAGGGGAAGGAGUGACCUCCAACACUGGCUGAACUGGAGCGUCUCUGGGAGCGUGGGGGGUGUGUGUGUGUGUGUGGGAGGGCUGUGCUCUCCCAGCACUGAGGUGUGCUUAGGGCCGUGCCCAGCCCUGCUCCCUGGGCCCGUGCACUGCUCCUCUGUAAUAUUCCUGUCUGUCUGUCUGUCUGUCUGUUUCGUUUUUGUUGUCUCAAAGGGAAGCAUCAGCGUGAGUGCCCCCACCCUGUCCCCAUCCCCUCCCUGUGCGUGCAGGUCCCUGUUCACUCUAUUUAUCUCUCAAAGGGGACACUGUCAGCUCCCUCACCUCGCUGGCUUCAGGGCACAGAGGCUUUGGCAAUUGCAGUCAAUCCCUUGCAAAACUGCUUUGGAGAGGAGGGGGAGUUGCUCUGGGUCUGUGGAGAGCAGAUCCCCCUGGCAGGUCCCUUCUGGGAGCAGCAGUUUGCUGUCAGGGCGGCCAGCUUGGCUCGGAGCAGAGCACAGAGCGUGGCCAAGCUGCAGUCCCUUCCACAGACACUGAUUUGCUGUCGUGGAUGCUGCACGGAGAGGAGUGUCUGGCCCCAGGGUGUGUGGGAGGAGGAGAGCCACGCCUGUGACAGUGUCCCCUUUAGCUGUCCUCUGCUUUCUCUGUGCUUGGGCCCCUGCCCCUGAGCCACCCCUGUGCUGCAGGUCUGCAUCGGUGCUGGAAUCACCACGGUGGGAGCACCCAAAUCUAAAACAGAAAACCAAAAUUAGGAUUGGUUUGCAACCACUCCCACUACCCAGCUCAGUACAUCUCUCUCCUCUUCGUUCACCCAGCCCUUGUCUUGUAAAAUCUGUGGGAAAACGGGGAAAGACAAGAGCUUCCUUUCCUUGCCUGGGAUAAAUUUACAUAAUUGUAUCUAUGCACCAACAGCCAUCACUGUGGAUAUUUACAUGACUGCAUCUGUAGAGCAACGAGGCUUCCAGAAAUCCAGGAGAAGUCAGGAAGGGUCACAGGGACCAAGAGGGGAAAGGCAAAAGGGACCAUCAGAGGGUGGCAGGACAGAGCUGGGUGUGAGGCACCUGUGGGGUGUCUCCCAUCAGCUGGGUUGUGAAGCUCUGAGAAUCACCAGGUGGUAGAGCUGCACUCAGAAAAAGCCAGUGUGCAUUUUCUGUUGUUCUGGGGAUAAUUCCAGACUCCAUUAGCAGCCAGAUGAGGAAGGAGGGGCAGCUUGGCUGUGCUGUGCAGUGCACAAACUCCACAGGGACUGUGGGGUUGGGAUGCAGGCUGCUGCUUAGAGUGUUUAAGAAAUGCUCUGGCCUCUUACCCAGCCAGGUAGCUUAGGGGAAUGUGAGGCCCUCUGUGUCCAACGCUGGGAUUUUUCCACCUUCUGACUGGCAGGAGGGAGGCAGCUGCACAUUCCCAGUUUGGAAAUGGUGCAGUUGUAGCUCCUUCAGGGAGUGCCAGGGUCAACAAUUGGUCUCACACCAUUCUGUACCACAGAAUGUCCUCAGCGGAGUCUGAGGAAAACCCUCUCAAGCUCCCACUUUGCAAUUAGGGGAAGGUAUGGAUGCAGGAAGAAGCUGCUGAUUUCUCCCAGGCUGCCUGCAGUCUCCAUGACCGAGUGCUAAACACAUGCCCCAUGCAAGAGUCACAUUUGCAGGAGCAUGGAUGAAACCAGGUUAUCAAAAAGACAUUUCAGACUGUGAAAGCAAGGUCCACUUGGGG